UUUAUCUCGGUCGAAGCACGCGUCUAACCGCGACAUGAAUUCGACUUCGAACGCGCCUUCGUUCGAAUUUCGAAUGAAUUAACCGCGAAAAUAUAGUUUGUUAUUUUUUUUGUGGAACUCAUGUGUGGCCAGUGUUGAAAGUGCACGUGUUAUCUUCUUGCCAAUGAAAUAAAAGCGUAACUAUUUCAUAAGACCUUGAAGAUAACGAGUGUACUUUGUUAAGCAAUUUCUGACUGACAUGUAAAAUUAAUAGAUUCAGUGAUAUAAUGUGAAUGAAAAGGAAGUGAAAAAAAACUAUCACAAUGUGCAGCAAGGAUCAGUUCAGUCAUAUCCUUGGAAAGAUUAAUGUGGGCCUUCCGUCGUUUUCGCGCGGUCUGGAGGCGGCCGAGGCAGCACGCUCGCGCCUCGUGCGCUGGGCGUGCGGUGAUCCUCCCGAGGAGCCCGACCCUCCUCGCAAGAAGAUGCCGCACGCGCUCCGGCGAAGGUGGCCCUUGUGCCCCUGCUUUCAAAAUGAUGAGCCGCCGGAGAUUACAUACUGCGUGGUGGGCGGCGAGGGUGGUCUGGCACUGCAGGCCGUCACACCCACGCACCCCAUGCCCCCACAAGAGGAGUUGGACGCUAAGUUUGCCGAGCUGGUGGAGGAGCUGGACUUAACAGCAGUCAAUAAAGCAGCAAUGAUGGAGUUACCCGCUGCAAAGAAAUGGCAAAUAUACUGCAGCCGACGACCGCCUCCAGGUCAAGCCCCACCUCUGGCUACCGCACCUCAAGUUGAGGAGUACAUCAAGGCACUGAAUGAAAUCUCUGAUGCCUUUAUUUCAUCGGAAGGUGUACCACCACCGGAAGCUUGCGCCUUAGUAGAUGGAUUAAAAACUGCACUUCGAACCCGAGCACAUAGCUUCGUACUUCACUUUGUCAAGCAAGGCGGCUUGGGGGCCCUUCUGAGCGUGUUGCAACGUGCAUCAAGGGACGAUGCACUCACUAGACAUAAUCUCAUCGCAGCCAUAAAGGCUUUGAUGAAUAACUCGACUGGCCGUGCCCAUGUUUUAGCGCAUCCCACCAGUAUAGACCUGAUUGCACAGUCGCUAGAUACAGAGAAUGUGAAGACAAAAGUAGCCGCAUUGGAAAUACUCGGUGCUGUAUGUUUGGUGCCGGGAGGACACAAGAAGGUACUAGAGGCCAUGAUUCACUAUCAAAAGUAUGCCGGCGAGCGAGCCCGGUUUCAAGGGAUAGUGAACGAACUUGACCGCAGUACGGGGGCUUACCGUGAUGACCUCGGGGUGAAGACUGCCAUCAUGUCAUUCAUCAAUGCCGUCUUAAAUUACGGACCUGGAGAGGACAGUCUGGAGUUCAGACUGCAUCUGAGAUAUGAGUUGCUCAUGUUGGGGAUACAACCAGUAAUCGAAAAACUAAGGAAAUAUGAGAACGAAACUUUGGACCGACACAUCGAGUUUUUCGAGAUGGUUCGGAACGAAGACGAAAAAGAACUUGCCAGGAGAUUUGACAAAGAGCACGUGGACACCAAGAGUGCGGCGUCGAUGUUCGAGAUCCUGAGAAGGAAGCUUAGUCACACCGCUGCCUAUCCACACAUGUUGUCAUUGUUGAAACAUCUACUUCUGUUGCCAUUGGAAUACAAUCCUCACUCGCAGCACUGGUUGCUGGUGGACCGCGUGGUGCAGCAGGUGGUGCUGCAGCAGCCCGGCGCCGGCAGCCGCGCCAACAGCGAGCAGGGCAGCCUGCCAGAUGUCAACACAGACCCGGCCAAGAUCUAUGACCCUGACGUCGCUCCCCUUGAAAUUAAUGUAGGAGAAAUAGUGCACCUUUUAGCCAAAGAAGAAGAACUCGUUGCUGCCAGAUCAAAAGCCGAGAAUUUAGAACGAGAAAAUAUCGAUUUGGCUACGGAACUUGCCAAAAAGGAGAAGCAAGUUGACCAGCAGUCCCAAGAGCGCGAAGAACUGGAGGAUGUGGUGUCAAGACUCAAGGAGCGACUUGAGCGCGAGACCGCUGCGCACAUGGAGAGUGGCGAGAGGGCACGUGCUGCUGCCACCAGGGCGCUGCAGCUCGAACAGCAGUUAAAUCAAGAACGAUCUGAAAGAGUCAGAUUCGAGAAACUAGUCAGUGAAGGAAGUAUACCUGAUGACGCCAAGGUGAGCAACCUGAAGAGCGCAGUGAUAGAGAGCUGCGCGGCGCCGCCGCCGCCGCCGCCGCCGGCGCCGCAGCCGCCGCUGGCGCCGGGCGCGCCGCCCGCCGCGCCGCCCCCCGCGCCGCUUGCGCCGCCCGCGCCCUCCCUCCCCAAGCCCAAGAAGAACGUGCCCACCCCCGGGAACCCGCUCAAGAGCUUCAACUGGAGCAAGCUGCCCGACGCCAAGCUCCACGGCACCAUCUGGCAGGAGCUCGAUGACACCAAGUUGUACAACGCUAUGGAUCUGCAUACUAUCGAUAAAAUGUUUUGCGCGUACCAGAAGAAUGGUGUGCAGAAUGAGGGUUCCGUGGAAGACUUACGGCAGUUGGGAUCUAAGCCUCGAACUAAAAUCUUGUCUGUCAUAGACGGACGUCGUGCACAGAACUGUACUAUCUUGCUUUCCAAGCUUAAGAUGUCGGACGAAGAAAUAUGUCGAGCGAUAUUACGGAUGGAUAGCAAUGAACAACUACCCAUCGACAUGGUGGAACAGUUGCUCAAGUUCACACCCAGUGCCGAGGAAGCUGCAUUGCUAGAAGAACACCAGGACGAGCUUGACAGCAUGGCGAGAGCUGAUCGGUUCCUAUACGAGAUCUCUAAAAUCCCGCACUACUCGCAGCGCGUACGCACGCUGCUGUUUAAGAAGAAAUUCUCAGUAGCGGCUGCUGAAGCGCAGGCGCGCGCUUCCACCGUGCUGCGCGCCGCCCGCGAGAUGACGCGCUCGCGCCGCCUGCGAGCGCUGCUCGAGGUCGUGCUCGCGCUCGGCAACUACAUGAACAGGGGUGCUCGCGGCAACGCUUCCGGGUUCCGAUUGACGUCGCUCAAUAAGCUUGCUGAUACGAAGUCCAGCGUCUCGCGGAAUACUACCUUGCUACAUUACCUCGUAGAAAUGCUUGACACACAGUUCAAGGACAUCCUGCUGCUGGAGGAGGACGUGCCGCACGUGCGCGCGGCCGCCAAGGUGUGCGUGGAGCAGCUCGAGAAGGACGUGGGCGCGCUGCGCGGCGGGCUGCGCGAGGUGGCGCGCGAGCUCGACUACCACGCCGCGCUGCCCGCGCCCACCGACCACGACGCCUUCCUGCCAGUCAUGCGAGACUUCCACGCGCACGCCGUCUGCACCUUCACGCAACUCGAAGAUCUCUUCCAGGACAUGAAAAGUCGAUUGGAGAAGUGCGCACACACGUUCGGCGAGGAAGCAAGCGCGUCGCCCGAGCAGCUGUUCGGUGCACUGGACGCCUUCCUGCAGCAGCUGGCCGACGCACGCGCAGAGUGUGAUGCGGCCAGGCGACGCCGCGACGAAGAGCAGCGACGCACGCGGCACGAGCAGGAGCUUAAAAAACGCACUUUAGAACGCAAACAAGCCUCAAGCCUGCUUAGUUCUGUGGGAAAGUCGCUAGGCAAAUCAAAUGGAUCUGCAGACUGUAACGGCCAUGCCAACGGAGACACAUCUCGCGACGGCACCCUCACAAAUGGUCAGAAAGGUGAGUUCGAUGACCUCAUCUCGGCCUUAAGAACCGGGGACGUGUUUGGAGACGACGUAGCUAAGUUCAAAAGAUCUCGAAAAACUUCCAAAGCCAAUCAUAAAGGACGGGAUUCGCCACCGCGAGGGGUCUGCAGGGAGGACUCUAGAGAAAGACAAAAGAAUUGAAGAUUCGGCUUAAGCGAAAGGUUGUGCAAUCAACACUUGAAUAUUAUAUUUAAUUAAACUGUAAGCCUACAGCCGUAGAGUAAUUUCAAUACGUGAUAUAUUUCGUUUUAUGACAUUUUGAAUUUUUUAACGUGAUAAGACUUUUGAGUCACAAAUAUUGAGAUUAUAUACGAGUAUUGUGUGAGUAGGAAUCUUGUGGAACAAUGUAUGGCAAUUUAUAUGGCUAUUCUGUAAGGAUACCACACGUUAUCGAUAUCUAUUGACCACCGUAAGGGAACUGACGACUGGGUUGCUACGAUGAGCCAUGACUAAGAUAAAACAGAACACAGAAAGUAAAAUAAGAGAUACAUGUUGUUUUAUUUGUCAAAAAUAAAACUUUUAUAAAUCAAAUAAAAUUCUCAGCUCAUAUCGACUAUAAUGAGUGGGUUCUAGUUUCAAACCAGUCACUAGUUUGUUGAUGAUAAUAUAUCUUUAAUAAAAAUAGGAAAUAAAUAUUACUCGAAAGAAAUUAGUAAUUAUAUUGUAGAUAUUUAAAAUGGUUUAUAUGAGCCAUAGUUUUACAUGUAGUAAGCAUGGUGACUAGUUUACAAAAAUUUUCAACACCAAUAAUAUUGUGUCAUAAAAUUGAAUUAAGACAACAACGAAUAUCCGCGGCCAUUAUUUAGGUACCUGUUCCUUUAACUAUACAACAUAUUCUUAAAAAAAACACAAAUCUGGUGCCUAAAUAUGUAAGAUUUUCGGAUUAUUUUUAAUUUUUGACAAUUUGGCCUUUGGCUAUCGACUGAUGAAGUCAAAGACUGGCAUAUUAUUCCAUAGACCUAAUGAUAUAGAAUGUACUGAUAAGCGAUGUGUGAUUUGAAUAACCAUAGAGUAGUUACUGAUUUUUCAUUAGAGUUAUUGUAAUCAGUAGAAUUUGUUUGACCGUCCUUACAGUUGAUAUUUUAAUUUUUUUUUAAGUUUAAGAUUAGUUUCAAUAAUACCUCUAAAGGUGCCGGAAUUUAAGGACUGUAUCAAAAAGUUUUUCAUCGUUUUGUGUCAAAAAUGAUAAUAAUUAAUGUAAUGUAACGACGGUCCAAUUUAAGUAUAUUUUAAUCAGUGCAAACUUUUUACAUAUCUUCAAAUGUCUUGUCACACAAAGCACUACAAGAACUUUUGUAAAAUGUUAUGAAUUGACAAAUUUUUAUUAUAUUCAAACAAUAAUCACUAUAUAUAGGAAUUGACACGACGGGCUACCAACAAGUGGAUAUUGAAUUUUUUUAUAACAUUUGUAAUAACAAGUAUAUAAAAUUUUCGAUAAAUUUACAUUGUAUCUGACUUUGUCUAAUGAGUUCUCAUUACUAUUAUAUUUCUUACUUUUAAAUAUUUUACGAAGUGAUACAUGAAGUUAUUUUAUUUUUGUAAAUAUAAUUUUAAUUUGCCAAAAUUUGUUACCGUGACGAGAGGGAAAGAGAAUUUUAGUAAUUUAUUAAAAUUUCGUAUGUACCGAAGUUUAUGAUUAUGUAAAUUUUAUUGUUUUGUUCAGUAUUGUAUAAGCGUAUAAUAUAUUAAUGUAAUUAUUAUACCUACUUAUAGAGUAUUUAAAUUAAAUAUGUGAAACUA